AGUCGCUGUUUGGCCGAGGAAAGUCAAGGUAACUCGGGUGUCCCCUCUUUUUCGGGAGAAAAUGGCGGAGUACGUUCAGGUGGUGAAGAGGGCGAUGCAGCAGCUUGGCGGUCAUGGUGGCCUUCGCGGGGCCAUGUGGCAACUCCUCAGGGUCAAUGACCUGAAGACUGGUAUGUUAGUAGGCACUGACAAAUAUGGAAACAAAUAUUAUGAAGACAAAAGGUACUUUUUUGGUCGUCACAGGUGGGUGGUGUAUACUGAAGAAAUGAAUGGCAAAAAUACAUUCUGGGACGUGGAUGGAAGCAUGGUCCCACCUGAGUGGCAUCGCUGGCUUCACUGCAUGACAGACGACCCUCCAACUACACACCCACCAGUGGCUCGUAAAUUCAUUUGGGAUAACCAUAAAUUCAAUCUAAGUGCCACUUCUGGACAGUAUGUACCAUAUUCUACCACCCGUAAGAAGAUACAGGAGUGGAUUCCACCUUCUACACCUAGCAAAUGAAUGAGAAAGAACUUGAUGGUUUGCAAGAUGUUAGGUAUAUAGCAGGAAUUGUAUCUUACAUGUAUAUUUAAAAUAAAAGUCUCUGACCAGAAUUUGUUUUGAGAACAUAAAUAUUUUAUCAUAAAUGACUAAUAAAUGGCAUAUGGUGAUUAAUAUAUGUCAGUGUAGAAAGAACACCCCUGUUUCAUGUUGUUGCUCUUGUGAAUAUACUGGUUGUCCAGAAUAACAGUAUUGUCUCAGGAAUGGAGUUACUCAUGCGUUUGAUCAUGCCUCUUUGAUAUGAUUUUUUGAGAAUGUGUGAAUGCUUCGUGCUGCAGUAAACUUUCAGUAGAGGUGAUGACCACUGCGAUUUAACAGUUAAUCUACAAGAGGGAAAACUUGAAGUGGUCAGUCUUUCUUGGUUAUUAAAUGAAGCUAGUAAGAUCCCUGCAGAUGCUUAUGUCAUGCCAUCAGUUGGUGAGUAGUCAGUGUAAUAUCUUGGUUAUCUUUUUGCAGUUUGAUCUUGAAAUUACUUCCGUGCAUUUCUGUACCUGUGUGACACCCACUCUGCUGCCUGUUAGUUAAAUUAAUUAAAAUUGAUUCUCCCAAAACAUUUUACGUAUCUAGAUAUAUUUGUGGUAAAAUGGAUGAGGCAAGAGAUAUGUUGUAAGCUGCUUUGGGUAUCCAGUGGAGAGAAAAUCACUAUAUACCAAUCUAAGUAAAUGUUACACUGUAACUGUCGGCUAGAUAGUCACAUUUAUUUGCAAGUUCCAUUUGUUUCAGUGGGACUUUCUUCCAAAUGGGGAUAUGAUUGCAGCUUGAGUGGCUGUAAAAACAAGAAUCUGUUCAGGUAUUUCUGUACCCAGUCAGAGCUACAUGCAGUGGAGUGACAUGAGACCUGUUCCCAUAUCCACCUACAUGUAAGCUGUUACUAGAAGAUUAAAAAUCUGAACCAUCUUUUAA